CGGUGCAGCCGGGCCGGGCGGGAGGCAUGGCGGGGCCCCCGGCCCUACCCCCGCCGGAGACGGCGGCGGCCGCCACCACGGCAGCCGCUGCCUCGUCGUCCGCCGCUUCCCCGCACUACCAAGAGUGGAUCCUGGACACCAUCGACUCGCUGCGCUCGCGCAAGGCGCGGCCGGACCUGGAGCGCAUCUGCCGGAUGGUGCGGCGGCGGCACGGCCCGGAGCCGGAGCGCACGCGCGCCGAGCUCGAGAAACUGAUCCAGCAGCGCGCCGUGCUCCGGGUCAGCUACAAGGGGAGCAUCUCGUACCGCAACGCGGCGCGCCCGCCGCUGCCGCCGCCGCCACAGCCGCCGGCGCCGCCACAGCAGCAGCAGCCGCCGCCGCCGCCGCAGCCACAGCAGCCGCCGGAGGGGGGCGCGGCGCGGGCCGGCGGCCCGGCGCGGCCCGUGAGCCUGCGGGAAGUCGUGCGCUACCUCGGGGGCAGCGGCGGCGCCGGUGGCCGCCUAACCCGCGGCCGCGUGCAAGGGCUGCUAGAAGAGGAGGCGGCGGCGCGGGGCCGCCUGGAGCGCACCCGCCUCGGAGCGCUCGCGCUGCCCCGCGGGGACAGGCCCGGGCGGGCACCAUCGGCUGCCAGCGCCCGCGCGUCGCGGAGCAAGAGAGGUGGCGAAGAGCGAGUGCUUGAGAAGGAAGAGGAGGAUGAAGAUGAUGAAGAUGAAGAUGAUGAAGACGAAGUGUCUGAGGGCUCCGAGGUGCCCGAGGGUGACCGUCCUGCAGGUGCCCAGCACCAGCAGCUUAAUGGCGAGCGGGGCCCUCAGAGUGCCAAGGAGAGGAUCAAGGAGUGGACACCCUGUGGACCCCACCAGGGCCAGGAUGAAGGGCGGGGGCCAGCACCAGGCAGUGGCACCCGACAGGUGUUCUCCAUGGCCGCCAUGAAUAAGGAAGGGGGAUCGGCCUCUGCUGCCACUGGGCCAGACUCCCCAUCCCCCGUGCCUUUGCCCCCAGGAAAACCAGCCCUACCUGGGGCUGAUGGGACCCCCUUUGGCUGUCCUUCUGGGCGCAAGGAGAAGCCGGCUGAUCCUGUGGAGUGGACAGUGACAGAUGUGGUAGAGUACUUCACCGAGGCCGGCUUCCCCGAGCAGGCAACAGCUUUCCAAGAGCAGGAAAUCGAUGGCAAGUCUUUGCUGCUCAUGCAGCGCACAGAUGUGCUGACCGGCCUGUCCAUCCGCCUCGGCCCAGCCCUGAAAAUCUACGAGCACCACAUCAAGGUGCUGCAGCAAGGCCACUUUGAGGAUGACGACCCCGAUGGCUUUCUAGGCUGAGCGCCAAGCCUCACCCCUGCCCCAACCCAUUCCAGUCCCCAUCUUACCCAAGACCCCCAGAGUCCGGGAGCUGGUCGGGGACACCCUCAGCCCUCAUAACAGAUUCCAGUGAGGGGGCAUUCCUACUCAUCUUUUCCCUGUGUCUCCCCAACACACACACCUCUGGCCCCCAGGACAUCCUGUACUCCAUGAUAGAGGAGUGUCGGGUGGGACAGAGCCUACUCAUUUCACCCCAGGAGGCCAACCCUCCCCCUCACCCAGUCUGGGACAUUUUUGAAAAAAAUAAAAUGGGGGCUUCCCAUCUUCCCUAGAUCCUCUUCAGUUCAGCCAGAUGUUUCCUAUAUAAAUGUUUUAUUCUGUCUGUUCAUUUUGGUGGGUGGCCGUUCCUCCCUCCCCCACCACCCAGGCCCCUUCCCAGUCCCUGGCCUCCAGCCCCUGGGAGCAGCUGGGAGGGGGUCCCUGGAUCCUCCUUACCCCUCCCAUUUCUUUCUGUUCAUUGUCGCUCCAGCUGGCUGUAUUGCUUUUUAAUAUUGCACCGAAGGUUUUUUAAAUAAAAUUUUAAAAAAAAGAGAGAAGA